GGCUGCAUCCCCACCAUGGCCCGCGCCGUGGUCGUCAACGCUGCCCAGCUCGCCUCCUACUCCCAAUCCAAGCAAUUCCUGCUCGACUCCGGGCAUUUCCGAGACGACAUCCUGUGCCACUUUUGUGCCAGCAUGAUCAGCGGGCUGGUGACCACGGCCGCCUCCAUGCCCGUCGACAUCGUCAAGACCCGGAUCCAGAACAUGCGGACGAUCGACGGCAAACCCGAGUACCGCAACGGGCUGGACGUGCUGGUCAAGGUGGUGAGGUACGAGGGUUUCUUCAGCCUCUGGAAAGGUUUCACCUCUUACUACGCCCGCCUGGGCCCCCACACCGUGCUCACCUUCAUCUUCCUCGAGCAGAUGAACAAGUGGUACCAGCGGCUCUUCCUCAGUGCCUGACCCCCCACCCACCCCCCUAUCCUGGGGGAGGGGGGAAAUUGGGGUAUCU